AGCCUGCUGAGUCCUCAGGAAAGAUGGGAGCAGAUACUGGGAGGACUUAGUCCAUCUGUGACCCUAAGCUGGGGUGGGCGAGUGUGCCUGAGGAAGACCUUCCUCCCUGCUUUGGGGGUAGCUGAGGGUCACGUGAAGCCCUGCAGGAUGGAGAAAGAGAGUGAGGAGAAGCUGGCAUCUGUGCCCAACCUGGUGACUGUGUUUGAGAACAGCAGGACCCCAGGAGCAGUGCCCAGAGCCCAUAGGCCUCCCCACACGCCAGGGCCAUGGGAGAAUCCUGAUGUCGGGGAGACCCUGGAGUCUGGGCCCAGGACAGUCAGCAGGAGGUACCUGAGUUCCCUGAAGAACAAGCUGUCCAGUGGGGCCUGGAGGAAAUCUUGCCACCCUGGGACCUGCCCUGGGCCAGGGACACAGCAGGAGCCUGAAGAGAAGAGGAUCGUCCAAGAGCUUCUGGAGACAGAACAGGCCUACGUGGCUCGCCUUCACCUGUUAGACCAGGUGUUCUUCCAGGAGCUGCUGAGGACGGCUCGCAGCAGCAAGGCCUUCCCCGAAGAAGUGGUCAGGAUCAUUUUUUCCAACAUCUCUUCCAUCUACCAGUUCCAUGCACAGUUCUUCCUCCCAGAGCUGCAGCGGCGCCUGGAUGACUGGAUGGUCACACCCCGCAUUGGUGACGUGAUCCAGAAAUUGGCCCCAUUCCUGAAGAUGUAUAGUGAGUAUGUCAAGAACUUUGAGCGGGCUGCUGAGCUGCUGGCCACCUGGACAGAGAAGUCUCCCCCCUUCCAGGAGGUUAUCACUCGCAUCCAGAGCAGCGAGGCUUCAGGCAGCCUGACCCUGCAGCACCACAUGCUGGAACCAGUACAGAGAAUUCCACGUUACGAGCUGUUGCUCAAGGAGUAUGUCCAGAAGCUGCCAGCCCAGGCCCCAGACCAGGCCGAUGCCCAGAAAGCCCUGGAUAUGAUCUUCUCGGCAGCUCAGCACUCUAAUGCAGCCAUCACCGAGAUGGAGCGGCUGCAGGACCUGUGGGAAGUGUACCAGCGCCUAGGCCUUGAUGAUGACAUAGUAGACCCCUCCAACACCCUCCUUCGAGAGGGUCCGGUCCUUAAGAUCUCCUUCCGCCGCAGUGACCCCUUGGAACGCUACCUUUUCUUGUUCAACAACAUGCUGCUCUAUUGCGUGCCCAGGGUCAUCCAGGUAGGCGCCCAAUUCCAGGUGAGGACCCGCAUCGACGUGGCAGGGAUGAAGGUGCGGGAGCUGACUGAUGCUGAGUUCCCCAACUCCUUCCUGGUGUCGGGGAAGCAGCGCACCCUGGAGCUGCAAGCCCGGUCCCGAGAGGAAAUGAUUUCCUGGAUGCAGGCCUGCCAAGCAGCCAUUGACCAAAUCGAGAGGCGGAAUGAAACCUUCAAGGCUGCAGGCCAGGGGCCUGAGGGAGACACCCAGGAACAGGAGCUGAAGUCUGAGGAGCUGGGCCUCCGGGCACCACAGUGGGUCCGGGACAAGAUGGUGACCAUGUGCAUGCGCUGCCAGGAGCCCUUCAAUCCCCUGAUGCGUCGGCGCCACCAUUGCAGGGCUUGCGGCUAUGUCAUAUGUGCCAAGUGCUCUGACUACCGGGCACAGCUGAAAUAUGAUGACAACAAGCCCAACCGAGUCUGCUAUGCCUGUUACACCUUUCUCACCGGAAACGUGCUCCCUGAGGACAAGGAUGACAAGAGGCGAGGCAUCCUGGAGAAAGGGUCCUCAGCAGGGCCUGACCGGAACCUGAUGUGCAGUUUCCUGCAGCUGGCUGGGGACAAGUGGGGGAAGAGUGGCCCCCGAGGCUGGUGUGUGAUUCCUCGGGAUGACCCCCUUGUGCUCUAUGUCUAUGCUGCCCCUCAGGACAUGCGGGCUCACACCUCCAUCCCCUUGCUGGGCUACCAGGUAACUACUGGGACCCAGGGGGACGCCCGAGUCUUCCAGCUGCAACAGUCAGGCCAGCUCUACACCUUCAAGGCUGAGACCGAGGAGCUGAGGGAUCGCUGGGUGAAGGCCAUGGAGCGGGCGGCCAGUGGCUGGAGCCCCGAGAAGACCCAUGAUGGGGACCUGUCUGACUGAGCCACAGCCAGCUGCCCCCCUGCCCACCUCUUCCCACUCAGCUUGGCUCCUACCACAGCCUGACCCUGGGGCCUUGGUGACUUGACACUCCAAGCUGUGCUUUCACAUAAUCAGUUCUAGUCACUUGUGCCCUGACCAUAUGUCCUGAUUGGGGAUUCAGUGAAUAUGAGUCUAUUCCUUUUUGGGAAGGGGACAACCAAGUAUCCCAGUUUGCCCAGAGCCCUCCUGGGCUAAGGGACUUUUAGUGCUAAAACUAGGACAGUCCCAGGUAGCCCAGGAUUGUUGGUCACCCAGUGUGGUUCUCAGCCAGGACUGCUCAGUAGUAUCACUUGGAGAGCUUUAAAAUAUGCAGGUGGAGAACAUAUACAUAAAUUAGUUUAAAAAUUAAAAAUUACCAAUGCCUGUAUUGAAAUACCACCAGAGGUUUCUGAUUUAAUUUAGUCUAGUCUGAGUUGUUUUUUUUAAG